AUGCCGCCAAAAGGGACAAAAAGUCCACGAGCAAAAAGUCCUAAAAGUGGUAAACCAGGAGGAGGAUCAACAUGGGAAGCUCUAUUAGGUACAAUGUCUAUCAAUCAAGACAAUUGGACAACAUUUGUUUGUUUUCUUACACCUGAUUUUUCUGUUAAUCAAAUUUAUAUUGAUCUCAUUGAAAAAGCCAUGCAAGUUGACAUUCGACGACAAUUUGAUUUUAUCUCUAAACGUGAUUUUCUUGAAGCUAUCAAAACCUUGGGUAAAGCAUCAAAAGCUACCAAUAAGUCUGUUUCGACAAGUGCAACUCUUGCCAGUCUUAUGAAUUCACAAUUUUUUACUGCCUACGAAUAUGCUAAAACAAUAUUAGAUACAGGUGGAGACAUUGAUGAUCAAUUGUGGGCGAAAUUAAUCAAAUGUCGUAUACUUGACCUAAAAAAAGAAGUACACGGUAGAACAACCCAUAAAAUAUCAUCAACACCGGGAACUACAACGACACUUAAAACGGAAAAACCAAAAUCUCCCAGUGGAAAAAAAUCGCCAAAAGGAGCUGCUGCUGCUAAAAAACAAACGCCUGGUUUACAACAAUCCCAAGCUGACACGCAUAUUGAAAAGUCGACAGGUGUAAAGACACGUGAUCAAAUUGCCAAUGAAACUAAAUAUGUCGAUGACGAGCCAAGUGAUGGACCUAAUCAAUAUGUAUUUUUAAGUGGCUUCUAUUCAACUGGUCUUUUAAAUUCACUUGAUACGGUCGGAGCUCGUAUUGAUACAGUAACAAAUGUAUCCUGUGAUAGGUUGGAUGAUACAAAACGUCUAUUCAAUGAAAUGAUGCAACGAGAUCGACAAGAACAAACGCUUAAAGCUGAUGUACUCAAAGAUAUACUUACUCCCGAGCAAAUUGCUCAACAAAUUGAACGAAAUGAUCAAACAUUAAAUCAUUUCUGGAAAGAUCUAAUGCCCAUAUUGGACAAUUCACCUGACCGAUCGAUGCUACAAGAUAUUAUUGUGACAUCAUUAAAAGUGCCCAGUGAUGAUGUACCUAAUUCAUGGUCGAAUACUGAACAACGAACCAAAUUAGCACAAUCUCUUCAAAAUAGUAUCGUUGAAAGUAGUUAUCGUUUAACUGUUCGUAAACGACAAUUCAAUACAUUUAAUCAACAAAUGAAACUCGUAACAAUACCUACUAUUGAAGAAAAAGCAGUGGAAUCAAUAGUCGACGCUAAAAUCUAUAAUGAAAUAACGACAAUCGUUCCACCAGAAUCGUUAAGUGUACCGUUGAUUUUACAUGGAAUUCUCGAACAAGUUGAAGCUCAAAAUGCAAAUACGAAUAAAAAUCUUAAUGCAACUCAACAAGAUGAUGUUGGACGAUAUUUACGUGAAAAACUAUUAAGUCUUUCCAUGGGAAAAGAAGAACAAAAAGAAAUUGAAAAUCUCGUUCCGAAAUCUCCAUUUGCUAAAGCGACUGGAUCGGGACCAACAAUGAUCUAUUAUGGUGAUGAUGUAAAACAACGCUUAGCAACGUUAAAUCGUUUAGCUAUAUUCGACCCACUUAAAAUAGAACAUGAUUCAAUAGUUUCACAUUCACGUCUCAAUAGUCUAUCUGAAUUGUCAACAAAACAAAUUGAUGAUUCAGAUUCUAGAGAACGUCAAACACGUCUGAAUCAAUUUUUACAAUUUUGUACCGAUGAAGAACUUCUUCUAUCAGAUGUGGAUCACGUUCUUAAACAAUUAGUUUUUGAAUGUAUGACAAUAAAUUCAACAAUACCAAUCACACCUGAAAAUACUCCUGAACAGCCAACAAGUCGUCCAUCGUCGGUUGGCAGUAAUCACGACGAAGAACAAUUACAUUUUGAACGACGUUUAUCAACUUUACUCGAUCAAGAAAAUAAACAAUUCGUGAAUACAAAACCUAUUAUUUGGGAUGAUCCAUUUGAGUUAUUAAUAACCAAUGAAGAAACAGGACGUAUUGGAAUUUCAGCUGAAACACUUCCAUCAAGUCCAACAAGUCGAACUUCGAAAGGUUCAAUUUUACGAGCUCGAACACAAUCACCAAAACGAUCAGUCUAUACUGUUCGUUUUGACGUUAAUAAUCCAGACAACAAUCUCUACCAACAAAUGCAUCAUCUGAUACCACCUGCCGGAGGUGCGAACGUCGACGGAACAAUGCAAAAUAUUACUCAAUAUCAUAAACGAAACUUGAAUGAUUGGAAUUUUGCUGAACACUUUGAACCUGAUGUAUUUGCACAAGUAAUCCAACAAGCGUUAUUUACACAUUCACAAAUUAGUGUAUACUAUAAUCGACGAGAUCAUACUCAUAUGAUGAUUCUUUCAUUACCCGUACCCGAAGGUAAAACGAUCGGAUAUGAGAAUACAAGCAAAAAAUUGUUUUCUGAUGUUGGAUUCAGAAAUUUUCUUGAUGAAAUUUCAUAUGAAAUUGUCGAUUGGCUUCGCGAUGAAGAAGCUAAAUAUCAAGCUGAUAUACUUGCACAAGAAGUGAAAACAUUCGCACGUCAAACAACACCAACACCAGACGCAAUAAAAGCAGCUCUGGAAGCGACUGCCAAGAAAGGAAAAGGAGCAGCAGGAAAAAAAACAUCACCACUUCGAUCAGCAAGUGUUAGUUCCGAUAGUGGAAAUAGCACUGAUGAGGAAAAGACGAUUCGUGAUGAUUAUGUACAUCCGACUUCAUUGAAAGCAUGGAAACAAAAGAAAGAUAAAGAAAUUCAAGAACAAGACCAACAAGUUAAAGCAAAGCGACCAACAUCGGGUACUAAAUCGCCUAAAGCUAAAAGUCCUCGAGGAGCUGAAAAAGCAGCGAAAGUAACAACACCAAGAGAAAAAUCUCCGAAAGGCGCUAAAGGAAAACGAGCUAGUUCUACACCAUCAGACAAGUCUCCGGGGCAAAAAACUCCACAAGAAUUUGGCGAACCUUCUGAUCGAUUCAUCGGAUAUAGUCUAGGCAAUCGUUUGUUAAGUGCACAAUGUAAUACGUCUCAUUUGCUUCUGCCCGAUGGAUGUUUUGUUCGAACAUCUAUUGACACAAUUAAACGAGGCCCUACAUGCGUUUCAGCUAGUUUAUUUCGAAAUAAAAGUUUAUAUACAGUAAAAUUAAUCAAUCCAAAUAAACAUUCAAACAAUAAUGAUGACCAAGCAUCUUCGGCUCCACAAAGCAGUUCGGAUGGAACAACGAAAACGACUGAAGAUAAUUCUCCGCGUGUCAUGGAUGAAAAACACGUUGCUGAAUAUGGUGUGUUUACAGCUCUACUCAACUCAGGAAUGCUUCUAUCUUGUAGUAGCUAUGAUACUAAAGCUCCGAAACCACCACCGCCGCCUGAACCUCCAGCUCCUGAAGUGCCAGUCGAAGAAAAAGUCGAAGAUAAAAAGAAAGAAGCGGCGGCAGCAACUAAAAACAAGAAAAAAGGCAAAACAGUUGAAGUUGAAGCUCCACCAGUUGAUAAAACACCACGUGAACCGCAAUAUGAAGCUGAACCCUUUCAACGUUUGACAAUUUCAAUCCCAACUGGCCUUGUUGUUACAUACUAUCCCGAGACUUUUCUUGGUGUUAAACUGACUCGACCAAAUCAAGAACAUAGACUAGUUGUGAAACAAUAUUAUGCCUGUCAAUCAAAAGGUUUUCAUGCAUGUGAACAAUCACGUUUGAAUGCAUAUGAAGAAAAUUCACGUAUUAUUGAUUCCGAAGGACAUGUUAUGAUAUUUAAACGCGAUGGAGAAGUGACGAUUCUUCAACCUGAUGGUGGAGUAUUUAUGAAAAUGAUUGUGCCUCAACAAGAACCAGAAAUGGAAAUGUCACCUGAAAGUCCUAAUAGUGCUAAGAAAGAAACUAGAACGGACGCUAGAGGAAAAAAGAAAGGCGAUUCAAAAAAUGAUACAGAUACAUCGACUAUUGCUGAAGAAGUUAAACAUGUUUAUCAAUGGAGAUGUAUCACUGCCGAUGGUCAAUCCUAUAUACAGAAUUCAAUGACUCAAGAAUAUGAAAAGGCUGAACAAUUAAGGUUAAUUCUUGAAACAAAUCCCAAAACGAAUGAGCAAGUCAUUCAUCGAGAAGAUAAAGUCAUCAUUGUAUUUCGUGCCGAUGGCUCUCGUAUUGUUAGCUUCGCCGAUGGAACAAGAAUAACAACUUUUGAAGCCGUUGAACAAAAAAGCGGUACUCCAACCAAUCAAGACUCAGAUGACCGUAACAAUUCAAUGUUAGGCUUUCGAAAGAUUCCUCAUAUUAGAGUUGAAGCAUCGGGCUAUGCAACAGUAGCAUUUAAUUGUGAAACAACCGAUUGUCGAACUGUAUUUAAUGAUGGUAGUUCAGUAGAUGUGUUUGCCAAUGGUACUUAUUCAAUUUUUGAAAGUGAUGGAGAAAAAUUCGAUAUCAAUGAAAAUGGUGAUGUACUUUUGGAUUUUCAACAAUCAACUUAUGCAAAACGCGUUCAAGAACUUUUAUCGAAUGUCGAACCAAGUAAAUGUAUUAUGUCACAAAAUGGUGAUUUGAUAUUCGACGCCGUUGAUUAUGAACAAACUCAAUAUUGUGUUGAAGCAUCUGGAGAAACUUAUGCAAAAGAAACUGAUCAUCGGCAAAUGAUGAAAACUUUGCCAUUAGAAAUGCAUGUACCAAGAUUCUUCAUCAUUCAUGAAGAUGGUAGUGGCACAGAAUUAUUACGUUUUAAAGAUCUGUAUUCCUAUUUGAGAACAAUGGAUCUUGAUCAAAGUACGGCUGUUGUUCGUGAACCUUUACUAAGUAAUCCGAAGGUUACUGGAGCUACAGUAAUGCGACCAUUCCAAGAUGAAGUUCAUCGCCGUUGGUUAGCAUCAUUUGAUGAUGAUUCUGUGAUUCCAUCAAGUCUUCGUAAUUAUACAUCAGCCACAGCCAUGACUCGUAGUUAUUCAUCAAUGUCAGGAAGUAACCAUUCUUCGACAAAUAAUAUAAAUCCUCAAGAAAAUGCUAUUCUUCGACAAACGAGCAGAAAUAAUCAACAUCCCUAUAAAUCAACAACAUUAACAGCUGGUGUUUCAGCACAACAACCAAUUGCUGAAAUGCCGAAAGCAAUUGAUUAUCGUAAUUUUAUGGAAUUUCCAAGACUUCAAGAUGAUGUUCGAAUUAAAUUAUUUACUUCAUUGAAGUCUUACAUUGAUUUUGUUAAAAAUCGAGCUGAUUAUCAUACGAAAUUGUUACCAAAUGACCAUCGAAGUCGAUUGGAAAAAGAAAAAGCAAAUAAAAUCUGGAAAAAUGUUCGACCACAAGGAACAACAAAAGAUGAUUUAACUUUAUUAUAUCUGAAAACUCUUCGUCCUGAUCGACAGAAAACCACAACACAACAAUCAGUUGUACCAUUAUCGAAGAAAUAUAACAUCGAUCAUCUACGCGAAGAACUUCAACAAGAAAAAUCUAAUAAAAAAUUAAAAAAUGAAAUCAAAAGAGGUAUCGCUGUGCCCUAUUUUCAAAGCGAAUGGGGUGUAGCAUAUAUACAACAACAGCAACAGUCGCCAUCAGAACAUGUUUUAACAAGAGUAUCAAAAAGUGCUGAAGCCAUUAAAUCAUCGAAUGAUAAUCAACUUUUUAUGAAAUCUCCUCCGAAUUCUCCAACUGAUCAAAUAAAUCGACUCUCACAAGUACGAAAGUCUCAACCUGCUCGUAGUGUUAGUACAGAAGCUGAAGAUAAUAAAACAAUGGGCGGUUCCGGUCAACAUGAUCAAGGAGGUAUUUAUCGUCCUGUUAAACAAUUUACGUCACCAAGAGAUUAUGUUCAAUAUAAUGCAUAUGGCAAUAAGCGAGCACAUCCACUUAAAGUACCAAAUGGAUUGAAAGGUUCGCGACCGAAUGCUCAACCUCACUCACGUUUUCUUGAUAUGGAAGAACCGGUCAUGGUUCGACCGAAUAAUGCAUCGAUAGGUACAGCUGCUAUUAAUAAUCGACCACUACGAGACAGACGUGGUUGUGAACUAUUUCCUGAUAGAAUUGAUUUUGGUAUUCUAAAAGAAGGCGUAACUUACGGAGCAGAAAUUGAAGUAAAAAAUGUUGGUAUUGACGCAUGUCGUUUUCGUAUUCGCCAACCACCAUUGGGCACUGGAUUACGAGUUGUUUUUCAACCAGGACUUCUUGCGGCGGGUAUGCGUCGACCUGUUAUGAUUGAACUCUAUGCUAUUAUUAAACAAACUCAACAUCAAAGUCAACAACAACAACAACAGCAAGCACAAUCUCAAGGUCUUUAUCAAUUAGAUCAAUCUAUUGAAAUUAUUACUGAAACUGAUAUAAUGCACUUUCCGAUUCGUGCUAAAAUUGCUAGUGAAGAACAAUUUGAUAUUAUGUUUGUUAACAAAGAUGAAACAGCUGGAAUGAAUAAACCAAUUCGUCUGCUAGCUCAAAAAAGUCCGAAUACAAAUGAUUGGUUUGCUGGUAAUACGAAUGAAAACGCCGCGAAUUCUUAA